UGAUCACUUUUCGGCACAACACCGGCCCUAGUCUCGGACAUGGUGCUUAACUGUUGCUGAGGCUUGGACAGAACUGGGUAAAAGGGCCUUUAAGUUAUUUGCACCGUCUUCCUGGAAUAACCUGCAGAAGCAGCUCAAGCUUCAGGACCUAUUGACUCUUAAUGAAUCUAAAGCUGUUAAGAGUUUGAUGUCAGACUCUUUUGGAAAUUACAAACGUUUUAGUCAAUAAUCUUAAUGCAUUUUCACAAUUGCACUUAGUAUUGAACUUGCAUUAACGUUUUAUGUUGGAACUGUGUACUGCUAUCCAUCUUGGCUAGGUCUCUCUUGUCAAAGAGAUUUUAAUUUCAAUGAGACUAACCUGGUUAAAUAAAGGAAAGAAGAAGAAGAAGAAGAAGAAGAAGAAGAAGAAGAAGAAGAAGAAGAAGAAGAAGAAGAACUCUCACACCAUAUGACCAUAUAUAGUACCGCUUAAAACAUCCGGAACACCGAAAGUAAAAGUGAAGGUUUUGUCCGGUCCUUUGAGCAGAACGCAACACAGCAGUCGCUACGGGCUACAGCCAGAUGGAACCGGUCCAGUCUUCGUUUUGCACCAGGACAGCCUUGAAUAUGGGCUUCCAAUAUUUGGUGAAGAUGGUGCUUAAAGUGUUUUUCCUCAUGCCAGCCCGGAUAAUCCUAUAUUUGGUGAAGUUGGUGUUUCCAGUGUUUUUCAUCAUGCUAGCUCGGAAAAUCCAGUAUUUGGUGAAGUUGGUGUUUCCAGACCUCCAGAAAUUUAGGUUCACCACAAUGAAUGGAUUAAAGCUGAAUGCCGACAAUGAAUUGGUUAAAAAACUGAAGAACAAAGGUCAUACUGAGGUGAUGUCGUCGGACCGAUGUGACUUCAUCCUGGCCUUCUGUCCCAUUAGCACACGGCCUGGGAUAGAUAUCCAGGAAACUAUGGAGAUGUGUCAGGGAGAUGAGCCAGUUAUUCUGGUAGUGCUGCACCACACCCACGACCGUGAGAAGAACGUCAGCCCUCAGAGAGUGGAUCCCUCACAGCCGUUCAAAGACAAGAUCGUCCUGAGUGUGGCAUGCCUGUUCUAUGAGGGCAAGCUUCUCAAAUGUAAACACAAUAGCAAAGAAAUCAAUAAGGUCAUAGAUCAUUUGUCACGUCCUAUCCCAAAAUGCUAAUAAAUGUUCUUCCUUCUUCCAUGCAUUCAAUAACAACCAAAGCUCCCCUUUAAAUGAUCAUAAACUGUUGUCAAAUUCAUUUUUUCUGUGCACUGGUGCACGGUGCACGGACAAAACAUGCAUAUCAAAAAACGUCCUAACUUAGCUAAUUAGCCGGGAAGAGGGAGAUAGAGGGUGAGGAGAGGUGGAAAGGAUAAUUAGAGGGAGAUGAGAGGGGAGAAGGAGAAAAGGGGAGAUGUGAGGUAUGAGGCACCAAUCAACGUAUAGAAACAGUAUAUUAGUUUGUUUAUUACAGUCCUGGCUGGGCUCAAUGUAGCUUCGAGCAAGCGGAGGAUACGUUUAAGGGGUUUAGUUUCUCUCUGCCACCCCAAGCCAACAAACGCACACACCCCCACACAUAUAAACUUGAUGGCAAUCAACUGCUCAUUCAAAUGGUUCUAGAUAAGUGGUAAAAUGGUGAAUUCAAUCUUAGUUACAAAAAUGAAAAUGAGUACACACUCAUUGAACGAUUAAGUUGGAGCAAAGAUUAAAUACAAUAAAGAUGCAAGCAGCUUUAACAGGGGCCAAGCCUUAUACUGACCUUAUUUGUUCGUUGGUAUAUCCUCAGUUUGGGUAUGGGGAUUAGUCUACAUAGUUUCUUGACCGUAUGUAAGGAGUUAUGCUAUUUCAAAGAUUUCAGGUGAUCCUUGCAGCAGCCCCCUAUUGUCUUAUUUUGAUUUAAUUUAAACAUACUUAAUCUUAACCUAUAUUUCCUUAAAUCCACCAAGUUUGAUGAUGAUUGCCCUCAAAUUUAGCUCAACCGGAAUUGACUUAAUUGGUGUAUGAUCUAGUCGUCUAGUAGGCCUACACUUGGGGAUUAGCUAAGGACAAGGGGUUAUUCAAUACGAUAGAGGGCCUAAAAGAACACAAUUGAUCAAUUGGGUGGCUCUUACGUCGAUUUAAAAUUUUGGUUAGGUUUACGCACGGAAUAGGGUUGAGGUUAGCCCAAAUAAAUGGAGAGCGAUCCAGGGCGAUCCAACCCCGGGGUUUAUCAUUUUGCAUAACCUACCUAGAUGGUUUCAUGAUAGUAUAGGCUAAAUUUAUCGAUCAACAGCAAAAUGAACGCCUUACUGCCAACAUGUAAUUGACUGUUUUAAACUAGUAAGCUGAUAGAAUUAGAAUUGCAACUACUUUGACAUAUUGUUCUCAUAAUCGUUUUAUAUUGAUCUUCGGGUCAGUGAUAUUAGGAUGAUACGAGCAAACAAACAUUAACUAUGUUACAUUGAUAUGCAAAAUACAUAAACCAGUGAAUUCA